UUGUGCAAUUUCAAUAACAUGAUAACGGUGUAAACCGCAAUCACCAAGACCCGCCACCCACUAUCCCCCACGUGGUUCGUGGCGGUUAAUUUUUGAAUUUAGAGCUUUCUGAAUCGGAAGUGUUGCAACCAUUCUGCUUGUAUGUAUAUUAGCUUUUCACUCUGUAUCAUCCCUGAUUCCAGUCCAACAAAAAAUACGGCACAACAAUUUUACUUCCUUCGUCUCUUACAAUUUCUUCUUCUUCUUCUUCAAUGAUCUUUGGCAAAAUGGCCCCUGCUUCGCUCACUUCUCGUUUCGGGCAAUCUAUCACAAAGAAUGCCUUCAGAUCAUAUCUUGCAGAGUUCAUCUCAACUUUCUUUUACGUUCUGACAGUUGUUGGAUCCUCCAUGUCCGCAAGGAAGUUGAUGGGAAGUGGAGCAGAAGAUCCCUCUGGUCUAGUGAUUGUCGCCAUUGCAAAUUCACUUGGACUGUCAUACACAGUAUACGUUGCGUCCAACAUUUCCGGUGGUCAUGUGAAUCCAGCCGUCACCUUUGCAAGGGCAGUUGGAGGCCAUGUUAGUGUCCCAACUGCUCUGUUUUACUGGGUUUCUCAGAUGCUUGCCUCUGUCAUGGCUUCCCUUAUUUUGAGAGUCAUGACUGUUGCCCAGCAUGUCCCCACCUACGCGAUUGCAGAACAAAUGACUGGGUUCGGAGCAUCUGUGCUAGAAGGUGUGCUAACAUUUGCUUUGGUUUACACUAUUUAUGCUGCUGGAGACCCUAGGCGAGGUCAAAUGGGAGCCAUAGGACCAUUGGUAAUUGGGAUGGCGGCGGGAGCCAAUUUCCUGGCUGCUGGACCCUUCUCUGGUGGUUCAAUGAAUCCAGCAUGUGCUUUUGGGUCUGCUGUGGUUGCUGGUAGUUUCAAGAAUCAGGCUGUCUACUGGGUCGGACCUUUGAUAGGAGCCACAAUUGGAGGCCUUCUCUAUGACAACGUGGUUUUCCCCCCAGAAGCAAUAGAUUCUCUCACAGGGAUUUCAGAGAGACCUGUGGUGUAAUUCCCCCUUGUUUUC